AUGGCCAAAAAAGAACAUUAUACUACAACAAUUAUCAAUGGAUUCUAUAAUCAAUUACCAGCUUUCUCAGAUGUGUUUGAUGAAGAAUCGUGGUAUUUAUUUGUAAUAUGUUUUGUGACAUUCACGUUAAUAGUUGUUUAUAUUUUAUCAAAGUUCAUUAAAUUACAACCUGUAGAUUGGUGAUAAAUAAUAUUUUUAGAAUUAGUUAUUUAAAUCAAAUUAUUUCAUUAUGUAAAAUCUUGUAAUUUAUAAUAUUUUUAAAUAAAGAAUGCAUUUUGAAACUAAAAA